AUGAAGUUCUUACCAGUUCUGGCGGUGAUCGUGCUCUGCGCAGCGGCAGUACAGGCUGGCACUAAUCGUCCUCAGUUGGUGCGUCUCCACCAGGUUACCCGGCAGGAGUACAACGAGCUCCUCCGGCUCACCCAGGGCAAAGAGGAGGUUUCCGAGGCCCGCUUGCUCAGCAGCUCCAUUGCCGGCAUCAAGGGCUUGGCUUCCGGCCUGGCCGUUGGCAAUUUUAUUCCAGCUAUCUUCAAUUCCGGCUCCAAGGAUCAGCCCAAAAAGGGACGUCCCCUGUGCGUGAUCUCCACCAACGAUCUCGAUCAUGAUGAGGAUGAGGAAAGGCGGUUGGGACGUGUGGUGAGCAUCGAAUUCGAGCCAAACAGCGAUUCUAGCAGUGGAAGUGGUCAUGGAAGUGGAAGUGGUCAUGGAAGUGGAAGUGGUCAUGGAAGUGGUCAUGGAAGUGGCCAUGGAAGUGGUCAUGGAAGUGGUAGCGAUGAGGAAGAAGAUGUGACCACAGUGAACUGCAUCCUGAUUGUUAAUGGCACCGACACCUAUACUAAACCUAAGCCCAAGCCAAAACCGGAUCACGAACACGGUCAUGGACACGGACAUGGAAGUGGAAGCGGAAGUGGUAGUGGAAGUACACCUUACUACCCACCCCCUCCCCCGUACUAUCCUCCCUACUACGGCUACCAACCCUACUAUCCACCCUUCCCCUACCCACCACCUCCUCCACCACCACCACCAAAGCACCACCAUUCCAGCGGAAACAAGCGAUCGUUCGAUGACGAGGAGGUGGACGCGAGUCGCCUGAUCGAAGCCUACAAGGGACUGUACUACCUGCCCGGAGGAUACCCUCUGAGGAUCGGAAAGUACUCGAAGGUCAGCCAGGAGACCUCCGCCUACCAGCCAGCCAGCUAUCCCACGCAGGAGUAUGCGAACACCUAUCCCAAGGUGGUCCGCAACUAUGGACUGACUCAUCCCGCUCCUGUCUACGUGCGAUCACCACAGUUUGAGCAGGAACAUUAG